UCGGACGGACCCUUACAGGAAACACGCUGAUAGAAUUGGUGACGACUUCCGGGGAGGUGAAUUUAAAUCUACUGGAGGCUGAAAUUAUAAAAGAGCUGAAUAAAGUGAAUAAACUCCGCGCAGACUGCAGAUGGAGGCCGGCACUGAAAGCCUGUUUCAGAGAGUAGCAGUAAAACUCGGCUGGGAUAAACCUGGCGCCCUCGAUCGAGCUGAAGAACAGUUGAGGAAAAGCCUGAAGAGCCGGCGUCCGGCUGUGGCGAGUCCGUCUGUUUUGGGCAGAGACUCUUUACGCAAACCGCUGCUCUCAGACAGCGACAGCUCCGGAAAAGAGAAUCACAGAGAGAAAGCAAAUCAACAGAUAAACCUGGACUCCAGUGAUGAUGAGUUUAAUCAGAUUCUUGCUCAUAGCGCUACACCAAAAUCUGUUUCCAAACCAGUUUCAUCUGCCAAGGAGUUCAGGGAGCCUAUCUGUGUUUCCUCCUCAGACAGUGAUGGUGGUUUUGAGAACUUUCUCAGUCGUGUAAAAACUCCAAAGGCUAAACUCAGCCUGCAGUCUGGGAGCGGAAGUGAAGACGGACUUAAGCAGUUUGUAGUGGAUGAUUUGUCCCCCGAUGAUUUUGUUGUUGAGAAGAAGAAGCCGUCCGUUAUUAAAGGAAAAACAAAGACGCCCAUACCUCCCAGGUCUGUGCAGAAGCUGGAGAAACCUCCUGUCUCUGAGUUCUGCUCCCCGGUGUUUCUGAGCGACAGCGAGGACGACAGUGACGUGGUGAUCAGGAGCACCUGGAGGACGCGGCACAGCCGAGACGCGAGCCGAGACGCGAGCCGACCUUCCUCACGAAAAGAACUCGAACCCAGGACCACCUCGCGCUUCCCCUCACCUCUCACACCUGUUCUCACACUCACGCCUUCCUCAGCCCCGCCCACUCGCUCCGGGUGGCGCGACGACUCUGCGAGCUCUGAGGACGAGUUCCAGUCUUUACUCGACCGAAUCCGGAAGAACCAGAAAUCAGGAAGCAGCAGCACUAAUGCGUCUCCCAGACCCCCAGCAGAGCCUAAAGCUGCUACAGCCUGUGUGACUCCGUCAGUGCGGGUUCAGGAAGAGCGAGACCAGCGUCCUGCAGGAGGAGGAACUGCGGGGGACAGAACUCCAGCUCAGCUCCCCGUGAGCCGAACCAUCAGCCAGACCGAGCCCAGAGGAGCCGCACUCAGCAGGGUGGCUGUGUGUAAAACUCCCGGCUGUUUCCUCCAGUCUCUCUCUGUUCCUGGCUCGUCGUUCUGCCGCGACUUCAAGCAGAAGAAGGAGGAUCUCACCAAGAAGCUCUACCAGCUCUAUAACAGCAGCGUGUUCGACAGCAAGCUCCCCACAGACAUGUCUGUUACCUGGAACACGAAGCUGAGGAAGACUGCAGGAUACUGCAUCACAGGACAGGAGCGCGUCACCAGUAAACGAUACGCCCGAAUCGAGCUGUCUGUCAAAGUCUGCGACUCUGCAGAUCGGCUGAGGGACACGCUGGUUCACGAGAUGUGUCACGCGGCUACGUGGCUGAUAAAUAACGUGCGGGACGGUCACGGACCGUUCUGGAAGAUCUACGCCCGUAAAGCUACGCUGGCUCACCCUGAGCUGCCCAUGGUCACGCGCUGCCACAGCUACGACAUCAACUACAAAUACCAGUAUCAGUGCAGCCGCUGCAAAAACACGAUUGGUCGUCACUCCAAGUCUCUGGACACUGAGAGGUUUGUGUGCGCUCUGUGCACGGGGAAGCUGGUCCUCCUCACGCCUGCUAAUUCACGAGGACCCACACCCUUCGCCACGUUUGUGAAGGAGAACUACGGGCCGGUCCGGCAGGAGUUAGCCGGUCAGAGUCACGCCGAGGUGAUGCGCAAACUCAGCGCCGACUUUAGCAAGACCCGCCUCAGCCAGAGCUGACCCCAGAUCAGCCUCAGCUAUACGGAUUAUCUCACCCACUCAGUUGUACUCCUGCAGUUGUACUGUAGCAUUGCUGAGUAGCAUCACAGCGCUAACGCUCGGAGGAAAGUGCAGCGACUCGGUUCUGAUACAUCAGCUCACAGAUGCAGCCCUGUUGCUUAUCUGCUUCACCCUAGGAGUGAUGAGGGGAAGAGAGAGCACCAUCUACUGUACUGUACCCACCCAGAGAGAGCAAGACCAACUAUGCUCUCUCAGGACUCCGGCAGCUGAUGGCAAGCUGCAUGAUUCAUGAUUCAGUGCCUUGGUCCACUGGACCUCUCGGAGCUGAAGGAAGUGCAUUUUAACACAAAUGAGAAAUAAUUUCCUGUGACAAAAACAAGAACUGCUCCUAUUUUUUUAUGCUUUAAACAGUAAGUCAUACUG